CCGGAGUUUGCGUCACUUUGCGUCACUUUGAGCGCUUUAUGAACGCGUCCACACCGAGGACACACAUUGAGGACACGCACGGAGGACACACAUUGAGGACACACACUGAGGACACACACAGAGGACAUGCCAGCCGGGACUUUGCAGCAGAACACACCGGACUCAGCGGCCGUUACCCCGGCUCGCACCGACCACAGACCGCCCGCUGUCUCCGAGAGCAGGAAGUCAUCAAAGCCCAUCAUGGAGAAAAGGAGACGGGCCAGAAUCAACGAGAGCCUGGGGCAGCUCAAGAUGUUAAUCCUGGAGGCAUUAAAGAAAGAUACUUCCAGACACUCUAAACUGGAGAAGGCCGACAUCCUGGAGAUGACCGUCAAACACCUGAGGAACCUUCAGAGGCUGCAGAUCACAGCCGCUGUCCACGCUGACCCGGGGCUGCUGGGUAAAUACCGCGCGGGCUUCAGUGAGUGUGUGGGGGAGGUGACGCGUUUCCUCUCCACAUGUGAAGGGGUCCACAGUGAGGUGCGGACCCGCCUCCUCACUCACCUGUCGUCCUGCGUGUCCCACAUGUACCCCCCUGUGGUGGGGCUCUCCUCUGUACCCCCCCUGCCCUCUGUGCCCCUGGGCUGUAAGACAGUGGCUCCAGAGCUGAGUCUUUACACAGGGGUGCAGUUGGUGCCCAGGCCUGAGGGGCAUGUGGCUGUCCUGGUGCCCAGUGGGACCCUCUCUUCUGCGGGUGCCCACAGCGUCCUGUCCUCCAUCGGCCCUGCGCUCACAUCAGACUCUGUGUGGAGGCCCUGGUAGCACCAAGGGCCCCACUCACAUGCACACUUUUAUACUGUACCAUUGUACAUAGUGUACAUACAUUUUUCAUAUUGUUUUGUAUAGUUUUUAUUUGUUAUUUUGUAUUGAUUUUGUUGCUGUUGGGCACAUCUCUGUCUCUAAAAUCAGGAUAUAAAAAAAAUUAAAUAUGAAGUUAUAGCACAGAGGUGAUAGAGACGUGAGGUGUUGC